AUGGGGUUAAUUUUAUUCGAUUUUGAGUUCAAAUCGAAUCCGCAUCCAACUUCCUUUCCUGUUGAAUCUGGUAUCCUCCCUGCCUGUCUUUGUUCAAUUUUGUUUUUGUUUGCCUCUAUUAAAAAUCGAUUUGUUCAAUUUUGUUUUUUUUUUGGAUUAUUUGUAUUUGAUGCGGACUCCUACAAGUCGUGCAGAAAGCAUGCGCACUGAAUCGGUCAAAAUUUUGGAGGACGGACGAAAAUUUCUGUGUGACGAACGGGAAAAUUUGUUAUUUACGCGAAGGAUUUUGAAUCUGUCUCUGUUUUUUUUUUGUUUGGCGACGCAAUGAACACAUGUGUGCGGGACGGAGGAUGCCACUCGGAUUUACGGACGAUAAUUUUUGGGUGACGAUUGGAAAAAUAUCAAUCUUUUAAUAAUUAUUAUUAAUUAUUAUUAUUAUUAGUUAAGAUUAAGAUUUCUCGUCCGUCAAUCCGUUUCGUCCGUGCGAUUCUUCCAAUCGUCAAUGUCUGAUUUUGUCGUUGGCGUGUAAUUUUCCGAUCAUCACAGUAUAAAGGAGGGGAGCGCCAGACCACCACACAUCGCUCCCCCGUUCACCAAGACCACCACCACCUUAUCCCUUUCGCACGACCGCAUCUCCCGCACACGCGCAGUGAUCCGGCCGCUUCCCCCGUUGCCGCUCUCUUGUACUACCAGUACCUGUUGCCUCGCCUAGCUAGCUGCUGGCCUGGCCGGCGUCGCGUGCCUUCAUGGCCUCGCUCCUACCCAGUCCGGUGUUCCCCACCGCCGCCGCCGCCGCGGCGUCCACAUCCUCGUCCUCGAGGUGCCGGUGCCGGUGCCGCAUCACAACGUCAUCUUCGGCGCACGGUUGGUCCAACUGUCAGGGCUGGAGACUCCAUCACCGGGUUUGGGCCGCCCAGGCUGCUGAUCAGCAAGGAGGGGUGCAGCAGCAGCAACAACAAGAAGAAAAUGAAGACGGUGUAGUCGACAGCAACGUGCUCCCCUACUGUAGCAUCAACCGGAAGGAGAAGAAGACUAUUGGGGAGAUGGAGCAGGAGUUUCUCCAGGCGCUGCAGGCCUUUUAUUACGACAAGAAGGCCGUAAUGUCGAAUGAGGAGUUCGAUAACCUCAAGGAGGAGCUUAUGUGGGAAGGAAGCAGCGUUGUGAUGCUAAGCCCUGAUGAGCAAAGACUUUUGGAAGCAUCCAUGGCUUAUGUGGCUGGCAACCCCAUUAUGACAGAUGCUGAAUUUGAUGAACUAAAGCUGAGAUUAAGGAAAGAGGGAAGUGAAAUCGUACAAGAAGGUCCAAGAUGCAGUCUUCGAAGUCGAAAGGUCUACAGUGACUUGACUGUCGAUUACUUCAAGAUGUUCCUGCUAAAUGUUCCAGCAGCAGUUUUAGCUCUGACACUAUUCUUCUUCCUGGAUGAUUUGACAGGUUUUGAGAUCACAUAUCUUCUUGAGUUGCCAGAGCCUUUCAGUUUCAUCUUCACAUGGUUUGCCGCACUGCCUCUAAUAUUUUGGGUAGCACAGGCAAUUACGAGUGCCAUAGUGAAGGACUUUUUAAUUUUGAAGGGACCGUGCCCGAACUGUGGCAAUGAAAAUCUUUCCUUCUUUGGGACUAUACUGUCUGUGCCUAGCGGUGGUGCAAGAAACAGUGUGAAAUGUGCAAAUUGUAGCAGUUCAUUGGUAUACGAUUCUGCAUCCCGAUUGAUUACACUCCCAGAAACAGCUGAGGCUUGAUUGAAGAUCACUUCGGACAGGAGCUGCACCAAAGCAAUUCCUUGUAUCUACCAUGGAGAGCAAGAUGAACUUUUCAUCUUGUGACAAUCGUGUUGUGAAGCAUCCUUUUUUAUACUCCUUAGUCUGCCUCUUUAAAUAUUGUAUAUAUUUGCAUUUAUUAAAAGUUUAAGAAAUAGCUAUGACUAUAUAUACUGUAUAAACACUUUGGAAAGUUUAUAUUGUACAUGAACUAAACUGUCGUCAUAUCAUGAUGAAUGUCUGACUGGCCCAUGCUUAUUGAGUAAAUGAAGUUAGCAGUACA